UACCUAGCUCCCUUUGGUCAAUCAAAAUUCAUGGGAAUUUCUAAUUCCCAUGUUGUCGACCAAACAAAUUAAAGAAAUUCCCAUGAAUUUAACAACGGAAGUAAUUUCCCUUGAAUUACAACUUACUAUAGGAAUUAAAUUCCCAUGUCAACCAAACAAGCCCUAAAUUAUAACUUCCUGUAGGGGAGGGUAGGUAAGUUAUUUUCCAUGUUCCAUGGAAAUUACAACUUCCCAAUGAAGUUCUAAUUCCUCCUAUCAUACACAUUUCAUGUCAACCAAAUAACUUGAUGUAUAUAUAAUUCUUAGAAACUCACACUUCGCCCUCUAUUUACUUGCAACCAAACAUCACCUAACUUCCAGAAUCGGGCAAUCUAGCAUUCAAGGGAAGUUCCACCUGAAAAUAUAUUAAAUGUGUAAUCUGAUUUUUGUUGUAAUUAAUUAUUGCAUUUUAAGGUAUCAUUAUAAGCCAGAAAAGUCAACCAUAAACCCAAAAUAAAAACUACAAAUACACUCAAAAUGGAACCAAAGCUUGAUUAAUACACCAUUUUUUUAGGCACCAACUGUAAACGUACAUCUCAAGAACUGAACCUUUCUUUCCACCUUCCUUAAUCAAGCCCUUAAUUUCCCCACAAAUUGGCUUUUUAGGGUAUAAAUACCCUUCAAGCAUUACUUUUAAACAUCUUGAACAACUUAAUUGUUAUCCACUAAUUAACAUUUCAUUAAUCCCAUGGCAUUUCUUUCUACUAAUUGUAAUUCUACCCCGCUAAUUACGGUUACGCUAAUAAUGCUAUGGCUCAUUCCCUUAGUUACCCACGCUGAUAACUUCAAGAAGAACUUCCAUGCAACAUGGGGUCAUGACCGUGUCAAAAUACUUGACGAUGGGAAGCAACUCACCCUUUCACUUGACAAAUAUACGGGUUCUGGGUUCGAGUCCAAGAGCCGGUAUCUAUUUGGGAGGUUCGAUAUGAAGAUCAAACUUGUUCCUCGUAACUCUGCUGGCACCGUCACUACUUUCUUUUUAGCAUCAAAUGGACCUAUUCACGACGAGAUAGAUUUCGAGUUCUUAGGAAAUGUAACGGGUGAGCCCUAUACAAUUCACACCAACGUAUAUAGUCAAGGAAAAGGGAAUAGAGAGCAACAAUUCAAACUAUGGUUUGAUCCAACCACUGAUUUCCAUACUUAUUCCAUCACAUGGAAUCCUCAUAACAUUAUAUUUUCAAUAGAUGGACAGGCCAUUAGAGAGUUCAAGAACAGAGGUUCAAUAGGAGUACCAUACCCUGUAAGCAAGCCCAUGAAGAUAUAUGCAAGUUUAUGGAAUGCAGAUGAUUGGGCAACCAUGGGUGGGAGAGUCAAGACUAAUUGGAAACAAGCUCCUUUUAUUGCUUCUUAUGGUGGUUUCAGGAUUACAGCUUGUAAGUGGGCCCACUCAACGAGGUCAACUAAUUGUCUUAAUUCUAAUUCAAAUGGAGAAAAAGAUCAAUGGAAAAAACAAAUACUUAAAUCUUCUGAUAUAAAGAGGAUGAAAAUGAUGCAAAGAAAGUACAUGGUUUAUAAUUAUUGUACUGAUAACAAUAGGUUUCCUAAAGGUUUGCCUGUUGACUGUUGAGUGUAAUUUAUCGUGACGUUAUAAACGUCUUUUUUUAUGAUACGAUAUUUUUUAGGGGAAUAAUUAAUUACGUACGUUGUUUUAUGUUUAAGACCAAUACAAUAAAGACACGUAGGAGUUUUAGUUUUAGUUUUAGUUUUAGUUGU